UACUAGCAAAAGUAGAUAUUACGCAUAAGCAUAUUCAUAGUUGCAUUUUAUUUUCUAAGUUUUUAAAUUAUUUUGCGCAAUGGAUACGGAUUACUCAAACGAUUCCUCUAGUAAUUAUUCUGGAAGCAGUGUUUCACACUACGAAGAAAUGGUUAACGAUCAAAACAUGAUUCAACCAUAUGCUUAUGAGCCGAUUGAAACAGACUCUAGCGACGAGCCUAUGGACGACUCCGACGAAGUUGCCGCUGCAUCAUCGACUGAAUCCGUAUCGGAACCAAACAGACUUCAGGAUAAAUUCUGGUGCACAUGUAGCCAUUGUCAAAUCAUGGAUAGGGUGGAAGAAUGUGUUUGUUGCAAAGAAAUUUCAGCUGUUGUAACAAUGAAUGAAGACUCAGCACAAUUUGAGGGAAUAGAUACUCCAGACUGUAUUACAGAUAAUCCUGUUUUUCAAAUCUUUGUUUGA